GCGAAAACAUUUGUUGAUAUUAUCUGGUUAGGUAUAGCUUGCAAAGAAAAUAUGGCAUGGACAGCCGAACAGAAGGACCUGUUUGCACUUCUGAACACAGCUGAUAAUCUGCUAUGGAGCUGCUGCCCAAAGUGUAAAAGUAUCAUCGAAAAAAAUGUUGCAAUCAUAUGACAUGCGUUUGUAGAGCAGAAUUCUGCUAUCGAUGUGGCAACCCCUGGACGCAUGAAAACUAUACUGGAUGCAUAGCAAAGUGUCAAUCUUGGUCAAACGCAAAACUCGCGGAGGAACGAAAGAAAAAUAUGCCAGCAUUACCAGGUUUGGAGUCCGUGGCUAAAAGUAAAAUAAAGGACGGCAAGGCUAAUGCUCUUCGUCGCUCAAAGACAAUCACUCGCGAGAUAGAGGCAAAUCGAGCUAGAAAUGUAGUGGGUGGUAGGAUAAGAGAAAUGUUUCGCCGUUAAGCAAUUACCAUAUUGAGACAAGUUGCGCCGUUAAUUCAAUGAUAUCAAAGUCAAAAUGCAUGUGUUCGGAUGAUUCCUCUUCCUUCUCCUCCUCGCUUCCCCCCCUUUCCUUUUUUUUCCGCAUCGCUUUACUCAAAAUCCCCAGUUCACUGC